GUGUUUUCCACUUGGGAAAACGUACAGUUUGAUCUUAUUGGUCGGCCGGAGCCCUGUGCCGUCUAUAAAACGCAUGACAGGAGCUCCGGAGCAGGAGAUCCACCGUCUGAGUGCGCAGAGCAGCGCCACGGAGCGCACAGGCUUUAUCGGGGAGAAAACACCUGUUACUGACGGAGCAAGUAGACAAAGAGGAGCGAGUCCCUUUUUAUCGUGCUAAACGUCUGACUGCAUCUACUCCACUCGCCCACACAUCCCACUGUCUAGUGGGACCAUGUGGGUUCUGGAUAAGAUCCGCGGGUCGGUGGAGACCGGUGUGUUGCGACAGGGGGAGAAUGAAGACAAGAAGGCUGUCACCCCGUCCUACAGCAACGUCCUAACCCCCGACAAGAUCCCAGACUUUUUCAUUCCUCCAAAGCUGGUCAGCAAUCCUCCAGAACCUGAGAUUCCCAAUGUGAAACCCAAAGAAGGAUUGCAACCCUCAACUUCAGAGCAAACCAUCAGCAGUGGGAAGAAGAUCAGUAGUCCAAGAAGUCCUCGCCUGGUCGCCAAGAUUGCAGGAGACACCAAGAACUUGCUGAGAGCUGCAAACCGUCACAUCAUACAGAUAGAGAGUGCUGAUGAUGUUGUGCCUGGAGACACCAAUGCAGACCCCCAGUCUCAGACAGCAAUGUCCCUCCCUUAUGUUCCCAAGACUCACACGCCUUAUGGCUUUGCAACCUUAAAGGAAAGCCCCCACACUCGCCGCAAAGAGUCACUGUUCCACUGCGAGCAUACCAGUCCUAUCACCUCCCCAAACACCCAAAGAAAGGGAAAAAGCAGCGAAGGGGGAAACCAUCUGAAUCCAGCUGACUUCAGCACCUCUCACAUGAAUCCUUAUCGAUACUUCAGUGGUGGAGAAAGUGACACCUGUUCCUCAGCUGAGUCCUCCCCCUUCAGCUCUCCUCUACUUUCUCGUUCUGCCUCCCUGCUCAAGAUCUUCACCCAUGAGACUCAGGCCAAAGUCGUGAAAGCCAAGCGGACAUUCGCCCGCCACAGCUCCCUCUCCACCGACGAGUGCAGCUCGGCCGAACCCAGCCCCAACAUCCAGCGACGGCUCCACGUGCCCUCCUUCCAUGGUGGUGCUGGAGCAUCAGAUCACGGGCUCCAGCGAGAGCACACCAUCAACCUGCACAAAGGCGGGUCGGUGAGGAUCAGCGCCAACUAUGACUCCAGCACGUCCCGCCUGCUCAUCCGAGUCCUAGCAGCGGAGAGUCUUUACGACAAGCACGUUGACAUCAAGAGCAUCAACUGCUGCGUGUCCGUCUACCUGAACCCGGGCAAGAUGCAGAAGCAAAGAAGCAACAUCAUCAAGAACAGCCGCAACCCGGUCUUCAACGAGGACUUCUUCUUUGACUCGAUAAGCUCAGUUCAGGCGAAGAACCUGUCGGUGAAGUUCAAGGUGGUGAACAAAGGCACCAGCCUCAAGCGGGACACACUGCUUGGAGAGCGAGAGGUGCCUCUGACAAAGCUGCUCUCAGGGCUUUAAAGCCACAAGACCUAGAGGUCAAAGGAGGCAAAAAAAAAACAAACAAGAAAAACUGAUUAAAACUUAAAUUAAAUGUUUGCACUGGUUUCUAUACAAGCAGCUCUUUUUUCCCAAUAAAUGAACAAAAUGAGAGAAAAAGAAGGGCUUCCAGUAAGUGAAACAUUUUUCCUCGAAGGAAAGAAAGGCUUUCUUCUGAGAGCUGAAGAAACACCAAGCUCAGAAAAUGAAUCUCUUGAUGUGCAUGAACUGAUGAAGGCUUUAUGGUGACCAAGACCUGCCUGGAUCCUUCUCUCAAUAAUGAAUGCUCAUUAAACCAAGCCGGGCUCCACAGCAACAGAUGAAAGGGUUUUUUUUUUUUUCCUGGACAUAUCUCCCAGCCAACUUCCUCAGCCAGGUCUGGUUCAAAGGUUGGACGACACCUGUGUAUCAAGCUGUCCUCAUGUCCUUGCCUGCACUGUGUUCGUCAUGUGUGGCAUGGCUUUAUUACUGUAAUACGACAUAAAUCAGCAGCAGCACAGGAUGUGAUUCUACAUAAGCUACACCGUGUGUUCAGCACAAAGAUGCUUUUGUGAAUCAGUGUGAGCUUUGAAGUGGCACUACAUCCUGAUGUGCAAAUGACCCUUUGAUCCCAGUUGCCAUGGCCCGCCUCCUACGGGGGAAGGCGAGGGACAAACAGAGAAGCCACAAUAGACACAUUUACAUGCACAUCAAAAAUGGAAUUAUAAUACGAUUAGUAAUGCAAGUAAGACAGAGUCAUAUGAUUACAUAAUCUGAUUUUAUUAGUGUAAUUAGGUUCUUAUUAACAAAAAAGUAAAAGCUCAGUAACGUACAGGUGCUGCAAAGAUCUCAAAGUUAUCUCAAUGUUAAAGGUGCCCUGUGGAGUUUUCUGGUAAACAAACAAAAGUUAUAGUUACAGUCAGUGUUGAAUGCUUGUCAGAAUUAAAUCUAACAAAUGUAUUGAAUGCAUUUCCUUCCUCAUAAAACAACUUUUUAAAUAUCUUUAUUCCUGCAUUUCGCUUGUUAGCAUUUUUUCUUCUAUUGUUGUUGCAAUGCUAUGUUUGUUACAGCCACCAAUCAGCUGAAUAUUAUGAAAUCAGAGGCACAACACAUUCAUGCAAACACUGCUCUUUAGCACUACUAGUGGUCAAAAACUCCAUGGGGUAUCUUUAAAGUUUAUUUUUCUUGAAAACAAACAAAUACUAAAAGUAUUUUUGAACCAGUUUCUGAUGCAGAUGGAUUAAUUCCAACUCAAAUGAUGAAAUCUUGAACCAUUUCUAUUGGAAACAGGUUGAAAUAUUCUUACUUCACUCACAUAGUUUGACUUGUUUUAUAAAAUAUAGGACUUUAAACACAGUAAUGUAUGCAGUGUGAGGUAGCCUACCUGGAUUUUAAUGUCUUUAAUGGACAAUAGUUAUGUCUUUAACUGCAUGAAAUCCAACUCACUGAAUUAAUGAAUGUGUAUGGAAAGAAUCCUUCAUAUAUUUGAUAUGUACUUUAUUUUUUAUUUUAUUUUUUGGGUUGAUGCAACCUCCUCAGCCUUAUGAAAGACCUGUGUGGAUGUCCAGCUGCAGCCUGUCACGCAUGCCUCAUCCAGUGUGGGCACCUUGAUUAAAUCUUGUGCAACUAGGCAACAGCUCUUGCCAAAUAGGUACACCGACAUCUUCGCUCUGCAUUCAGACCGAUUGGCGACACCUCUGUGUUAUUCUGCAGAGAUUCUCAACACCAAAAACAGAACAAAACAAAACAAAAAAAACCCACUGGAGCAUAGAGGAUUAGCUUGGAGUUUUUUUUUUUAUAUAGUCAGUCAGCACGGUCCAUGGGAGAGCUUUUGGAUGUUUAAGAAUUUUUUCAACUUAAUUUUCCACUUUAUAAAAUGUUCAGUCACUAAUAUGCUUCAGUCAAGCGUGUCAAAUCCUUCCCUCCCAGCAUUUCUUUACUAAAAAAGCGCCCACAUUUAACAACUCAUUUUAACAGAAGUGGUAGCAACAAAGUGCUUUAAUGUGAUUGAACUGCUUUUUGGUAAAAAUUUGAUAGCAGUGGGAGAAGAAAAAUAUUAAAACUCUAAUUAAAUACAUCCAUUAUGUAAAAACAGAAUUUAUGCAACCAGGCUGUUGCCUCACAGUCGCAGUUAUUGGCAGUGGACAGUACUUGUUUGCAUGUAUAUGUAUUAAAUGUCUCAUAUGAGAAGAACAGAGCACUGGUGUCACAGUGCAGAGUACCAGUUGCAUGGCAUGAAUAUGUCAAUGACACACUGGUGUUUGCAUGACAUGCUCAAAGUUUUAUGAAACCCUAAAGCCUUACGAUGUAUGUACGUGUGUGUGUGUGUGUGUGUGUGUGUGUGUGUGUGUGUGUG